GCACCGCGUGCAGGGGCCAGGCACGGCUAUCGCGCGCUCGCUCAGCUUCAGGUGGCUCCCAUGGCAGGAGCAGCUGCAGCUGGAGGGAAUCCCCGCGCACAGCCGACAUACGUGACAGGAGCUCGCGGCUCCGCCGGCCGCCCAGAGCAGGGAAUCCCCGGAGCACCAUGACCUGCAUCCCGGCCAGCGCGCACUGACUGCGGACACUAAACACAGCACUGCGCUAACACGGCACCCGCUCUGUGUGUCUCGGGGACCGCUUUAUAGCUCUAUAUUAUAGACAUAGGUUUUAUUACUUUAUAGUCUAUUCAUUUUGAUUCCGGAUCUCUAGUGUGCUCUCUCCUGGCACUGCUGCGGGCUGUGGAUCCACCCGGGACAGGCUCUGCCGGCCGUCACCGCUUCAUGAGGCAGCCGCCCAGUGACUGUGACAUGGCUCUCAGCGGGACCUUGCUGCCAUCCAUCUCCACCUUCACAGCGGGGACCCCCGGCAAAGACAAAGUCCUGAGACAGGCAAGUGCUGGCAACAAGUGGAGGGAAGAACUGUCCCACAUGAAGAGGCACCCUGUACUAAACCAGUCUCGCCCCUUUGAGGGUUUGGAGGGAGAAUCCCAAAUUUUUCUUUCUCGUCGAGAGCAUGAAGAAUUUAAUGAACUUCUAGACUUUGAUUUUAUACUGUCAAACUCCUUAAUCCAGCAAGAAGCUCUGGUGGCUUCUUCAUCAUCAUCCUCUUCAGCUACCUCCUCUUCCCCUCCACCAGCAGCUCCUCUCUCAGACUCUCUGGUUGCUAUCCCAUCACCUUCCAGUUGCAACUUCACUUACCAGUUACGUUGUGCUCAAGAACCUUCUGGGGCUAGCACACUCAUGUACUCUGCCAGGGAAUCUACAGUGCCCACCACCACUUUUAACCUGGCGGAUAUAAAUGAUGUUUCGCCUUCCGGUGGAUUUGUGGCUGAGCUAAUGAGACCAGAUUUGGAUCCAGUAUAUUUGCAACAGCCACAAGCUAGCUUACAAGGUAAAUUUGUGCUGAAGACUGCUUUGGAAAUUGGUGAUUAUGGCCAAUCCAUCAGUGUUAGAAAGAGCAAUUCUGGCAUGGACAACACAAUGGUUUAUAGUAGCCACCAGAUGCCCACAUUGUGCCAAAAAAUCAAGCAGGAACACUCAUCUUGUACGGUAGCAUGCCCCAUGGAUGGGCAAGUCCAACAGUCACAAGGGCAGCAUGACUUCCAAGUAGGUAGGGUGCUGUCAAGCAGGACUAACCAACCUUUGUCACAAGAGGAACUGAUGGUCAGAGAUUGUCAUGCUCCUCAGACAUUAAAUCAUCAGACACUGCCAAUAUCUUCAGGCUACCACACCUCUGCCAGUUUCUCCCACUUCUCGUCAGAUCAGCAGCAGCCACAGCUGCCUCCAUCUCAACUUCAGUAUCAAGGUCAGUCUUAUCUAAGUAUUUUUGAAGAUCACUUAAACAUGCAACAUUUGAAACAAGAAGUGAUGCUGACUCCACCCUCUUCACCCCUAGAGCUUAUAACCCCUGUGGGCUGCAUGCCAGAAGAAACUAAGCCUAAGAGAGGACGAAAGUCUUGGCCUAGGAAAAGGACAGCAACUCACACUUGUGAAUAUGCUGGCUGUGGAAAGACCUAUACCAAGAGCUCUCAUCUGAAAGCCCAUUUGCGAACACACACAGGCGAAAAGCCAUACCAUUGUGACUGGGAAGGUUGCGGAUGGAAAUUUGCUCGAUCUGAUGAACUAACACGUCAUUACCGGAAACAUACAGGUCAUCGACCUUUUCAGUGUCAAAGGUGUGACAGAGCUUUCUCUAGGUCAGACCACCUUGCCUUACACAUGAAAAGGCACUUUUGAGAUCUGGGAUUAAUGUAAUCUUGCGCAAUACUGCCACAAGAAUUUCAGUAUUCGGCGUAGCUACAUCUGAGGACGGCAAGCACUACAGUUAAUCAAAUUGUAUGAACUGCAACUUCAGCAAUUUGAGAAAUGUCAUCCAUAAAUAUGUAACUGAAAAAAAACUUGAAUUGACAAGACCUCAGAAAAUUGGGUUUUGACUGGAUUUUAAAACAUUCCAUUUUUUUUUUCUUCUAGCUAAAACAGACUUGAAUCUUCACAGCUUACAUCUCCAAGAACACACUAAAAGAUUUAAAAGUAGUUUUACAAGGGAUGUUGGAAAUUGCAUGUUUGCAACAUCCCUCAAGUCUUAAGAGGGAUAAAGGCAACAGGGACAACUGCAUUAUUUUUUUUAUUCAAUGCAAAAUGACUGGAAAUAUAUAUAUAUACUCAAAGUAUAUUUGUAGCUACUAAGUCAAAAAAUAGGAAAUGUAGGCACAGAAAUGUUUGAAGGAAAGGCUAUAAAAAGCAAUUAGCUAUUGGUGCUUACUGGUUGAUGCUUCUAAUGGUACCAAAGAAAAAUGAAGCCAAAGUUCUCAAACUGCUGCAUAUUUGACAAGGAAUCUUUUUUGUCUUCCGAUAUUUUUUUUUGUUUUUUAAGAAUUAUGACCAAAGUCAGGUGUAAAUACCUGAUUUAUUAAUGUAAAUGCAGACAGUAUGUGAAGCACUGUGGUUUCUAUGUGCAAUAAUUUUGUACUAUGGUCUAUUUCCACAUAUGCCUUAUACAGAACAAAUUUUUCUAUAUAGGACUUUACAUAAUAAAGUAUGUAAUAUAAAUUUAAGUAAACUUCUAUUUUGUAUAUUUGUAAAGUAUGAAGUAAACUGAACAUUUUGUUGACACUUGUAUU